GAGAAGUUCACACCGGAGCGCUCCGCAGGGGCAGGCAAACACCUGCUGCCAAUGGGGACAGAGGUUGUCAUCUCUGCCUCUGCGUAUCAGCUGCUGCAUGGGAAUAGAAAGCACAUUCCUGCCCCAACCUGUCCCAGGUCCCAGCUCCCGGACGGGCACAGAGCUCUCAUGGGGCUGUGGGUGUUUGUCCUCUGUGCCUUGGUGGCGUCGCUGCUCGGUGGCCUCUAUGUCCUGGGGGUGUUCCGGAGACGGAGACCAGAUGAGCCGCCCCUGGACAAGGGCAGCAUUCCCUGGCUGGGCUACCUGCUGGAUUUCAGGAAGGACAGUUCCAGGUUUGUAAAAAGGAUGCAGAGGAAACAUGGGGAUGUUUUCACGGUGCUGCUCGGUGGCCGUUACUUCACCUUCGUGAUGGACCCCUUCUGCUUUGGCAGCAUCGUGAAGGAAUCGCGCUCUAAACUGGACUUUAGGGCUGCUGCAACUCAGCUGGUCCUGCAGGCUUUUGGCUAUGAGCCCAUCGAAUCCAACCACAACAUAGUCCGUGAAUCGAGCAUGAAGCACCUGAUGGGAGAGGGGCUGAGUGUCCUGACUCAAACCACCAUGGAGAACUUCCAGAAGCUGAUGCUUUUCAACCUGAGCCCAGGAGAGGAGAAGCGAGCGUGGCGGGAGGAGAACCUCUUCCACUACUGCUACAACAUCGUCUUCAGAGCCGGGUACCUGGCUCUGUACGGCUCUGAGCCACACCAGGGGCCAGGAGGCAAGGAGAGGGCCGAGGAGCAAGAUCGUGCCCACUCCAACCAGCUGUUCCACGAGUUUCAGAAGUACGACCGCCUCUUCCCUCGCCUGGCCUUCUCUGUGUUGCCUCCCAAGGACAAAAAAGAAGCUGAACGGCUGAAGAGGCUCUUCUGGAGCGUGCUGUCCGUGAAAAACGCCAGGCAGAAGGACAAUAUCAGUGGGUGGAUCAGUGACCAAGACCAACUCCUGGCAGAAAAUGGUGUGCCCGAGUACAUGCGGGAUCGUUUCAUGUUCAUGCUCCUCUGGGCGUCCCAAGGCAACACGGGCCCCACUGCCUUCUGGCUCCUCCUGUACCUGCUGAAGCAUCCAGAAGCUCUGGAGGCGGUGAGAGGUGAGGUAGAUAAAGUCUUGAGGGAGAAUGGGCAGGAAGUGAAGGCAGGGAGCCGACCAGUUACCAUCACUAGGGACAUGUUGAGCCAGGCUCCUCUUCUGGACAGCGCUCUGGAGGAGACCCUGAGGCUGGUGGCAGCCCCGCUGCUGAUCAGAGCUGUCCUGGAGGACAUCAGCCUCAAGACAGGCAGUGGGGCAGAGUACACCCUCCGCAAGGGGGACAGGCUGGCUCUGUUCCCGCACCUCGCCGUGCAGAUGAACCCGGACAUUCACGACGAGCCCCACAAAUUCAAGUAUGACCGUUUCGUGAACCCAGACGGCACCAAGAGGGAUUUCUACAAAAAUGGGAAGAAGCUGAAAUAUGUCAGCAUGCCCUGGGGGGCAGGAGUAUCCACCUGUCCCGGGCGGUUCUUCGCCAGCGCCGAAAUGAAACUCUUCGUGUUCUUGAUGCUGAGCCACUAUGACCUGGAGCUGGUGAAUGAGGAAGAGGAGAUCCCAGGGAUAGACAUCAGCCGCUGGGGAUUCGGGACCAUGCAGCCCGUUCACGAUGUUCGCUUCAGAUUCCGGCCGCGCUUUUGAUUUCGGGAAGCCCCUGUUGUGUUGUUUGUCCCAGUGUUACCUCUGAACAAAUCCCGUGGUUAUCAGCUCCUGAUCUGAUGUUUUCUUUGCUUAACAUUUAUCAUGGCUUGUGUUUUUACCUCC